CUACCAUUGUUGUCUAUUGAGCAAGAUAUCUGACCACCAUAGAAGAGAAGUGAAGAGAGACCAAAAUGCUUUCCAAAUUGGUAGAGGAGCAUCCUUACCUUUGCUGCCACGUUGGUCUCUUGUGUUUUCUUUUAUUCUGUCAAAAAGCAUGGGCACUUUGGUGCACAAACAACCCCUCUCAGCCCAACAUUCCUCCGGGGAAUCGAGGAUUACCCUUUCUCGGAGAGACACUUCAGUUCAUGGCUGCCAUCAACAACACCAAAGGAGUCUAUGAAUUUGUCCAAGCUCGCCGACACCGGUACGGAAAAUGCUUCAAGACGAAGUUAUUCCGGGAAACGCACGUUUUCAUAUCGGGAACGGAGUCGGCAAAAGUGAUUCUGAACAACGAGGAGAAAUUCUCGAAGAAGUAUAUGAAGUCAAUCGCUGAGCUUGUUGGACGCGAUAGCUUGCUCUGUGCUGCACACCAACAUCACAAACUUAUUCGCGGUUCUCUGUUUUCUCUGUUCUCGACGCAAUCUUUGUCUUCCUUCGUUGAACUCUUCGAUUCACUUCUUCUUGAAGCUACAAGUAGCUGGAAAUGUGGAUCUGUUAUCGUUAUUCAAGAUGAAACAAUCAAGCUGGCUUGUAAGGCGAUGUGCAAGAUGCUAAUAAGCAUCGAAAAUGGGUACGAAUUAGAGAGCAUGCAAAAUCAGGUUUCUCGUUUGGGUGAAGCAAUGUUAGCCUUACCCGUGAGGUUACCCUGGACCACAUUCUACAAAGGCCUUCAGGCUCGAAAAAGGAUAAUGGACAUAUUGGAGAAGACUAUAAGUGAAAGAAGAAGUGGAAUUGCGAGUAACCAUGUAGAUUUCCUUCAACAACUUUUGGAUGAUAAAUUACACGACGAUGGAAUCCCAAGGCUAACAGACAGAGAGAUCAAAGACAAUAUCUUAACUAUGAUAAUUGCAGGACAGGACACGAUAGCAAAUGCAAUGACAUGGAUGAUAAAAUUUGUGGAUGAGAAUCCGCUAGUUUUUAAUACCCUUAUGAAGGAGCAACUUGAGAUCGAGAAGAAUGGUUCGAGAAAUUCAUAUCUUACAGUAGAGGCCCUCAAUGAGAUGCCAUAUGCUUCUAAGGUUGUAAAGGAAGCAUUAAGAAAAGCAUCUGUGGUACAGUGGUUGCCCAGAGUAGCACUGGAGGACUGUGUUAUUGAAGGAUAUAAAAUCAAGAAGGGGUGGAACAUUAACGUGGAUGCUAGAUCGAUACACCAUGAUCCAACGGUGCACAAUGAUCCGGAUGUGUUCAAUCCUUCAAGAUUCCCUGAAGAGUCAAAAGCAUACAGUUUCUUAGCUUUUGGGAUGGGAGGAAGGGCGUGCCUAGGGAAGAACAUGGCCAAAGCCAUGAUGUUGGUGUUUCUCCACCGUUUCAUCACCAAUUGCGAGUGGAAGGUGAUUGAUUCUGACUCAAGUAUUCAGAAAGGUGCACUUUUUACGAAACUUAAGAGUGGAUAUCCUGUGCGUUUGAUCUCGACGAGGAAUGACCAAAACAUAACCAUGUGAUGUGACAACAUAAACAUUUACACUUGCAAGCAAUUCGAACGUGGGUUUCAAGAUUUUACCCAUGGAUUCAGGGUUGGCUUUUGAGUAACCAGUAUUUAACUCGUACAGUUAUCUAUUUUCAACGUUAGUUACUCUACUCAUGUGAUCAACAAAUUACUUUUGUUGUCGAAUUGUUAAGAAUAUAUGAUGUAAAUAUAAAUGUUAAAUGGAUAUGAAUGUGUUAUUUCAUAGGAAAUGGUUAGGAAUCAA